ACAAACAAGGUAACGCGCACACUCAUAAAGAAAAAAUGAAAAUAAGUUUUUCAUUUUUAAUUUAAAAUUAAUGAAAGUAUCAAGUGUAUAAAGGAGCUCGGGAAAUUGAUUUUAUGUUAUUUAAAAAGAACAGUAUUUAUUUAAUUAAAAAAAUAUUAUAAUUUAUAGUUUACAAAUUAUCAAAAAAAAAAAAAUUUAAAAAAAAUUUAUCUCUUUAAUUAACUUGAUAUUUUAAUUAGAUGAAAAUUAUAUGAAAAAAAAUUGCUGUAAAUAUUAAAAUAACAAUUUACCGUCGGCAUAUUGUUAACUAAAUAUUUAAGUUUAAAUUAAAUCGUUGUUGUUGUGUUCAGUUAGACUUGCAGUUCUAUUUGAUUUACAUUGCGAAAAUAAAAUAUGGUGACUGUUAUGCCCUACAGUUAUUCUACUCCCCGCUGUGGAUUAAUUGAUAAAAUGAUUGAACCAAAGGUUAAACGCCCUAAAACAGAGCAUACGGACACAAAUGAAAGAAAUCGUCUUUGCUCUCAAACGUCUGGUACAAAUCAAAACACACAUCAGAGUGCAGCUCACUUGUCCCAGUUGCAGGGUCCUUUAGCGGGCGCCCAAACAUCAACGGCAUUAACAGCCGGCAGUCAAUGCAGUCCGUUGAGUUUGCCACCCCAAACGCAGCCGUUACAACCCACAAUAACAUCGCUAGCAUCGCUUACCUCACACUAUACCAAUAGCUCAAGUCAUUCGCCGCUUAACCAUCAGAGUCAUCAUCAUCAACAGCAGCAGCAGCAGCAGCAGCAGCAGCAGCAGCAGUCGCAACAACAUCUUAACACAAGCAGUAGUUGUAGUCUAAACUCAAGUGCAAAUCUCUCGCAUACAUUUGCUCAGUCGACCGGCAGUAGUUUUUCAACAUAUCACACACACCAACAACACGGCACAUCUGCGACGACUACUAAAAAUGAGAACGCAACAGGGCUCUCUGCAUCAACGUCUGCUUCGUUGAGUAGUGCAGGUGCUGGCAUGUCUCACUGGUUAACGUCAGCUGAACAGUCUUCAACUCAACUGCCUCCAAUUAAGUCAGAGAAUCGUUCGCCCGCUCUAAACGUAACACCACAGCAAUCGCAAGCGCAUCAGCAAACAUCCUCUGCUAAUGCAAACGUAGAUGUGGACACACUGCAAACCGCUUUAAGUCAUCAUUUAGAUUCAUCGCCUAACAACGGUUCCUCUAGUGGUAACAAUACUUUAUACGGUUGCUCUUCAGUGAGCGGCUUAGCUGGCUCCGUGUCUAGUGUUAGUGGUCUAGAGUCGCCAACAAAUUCGUUAGCAUCAUCUAGCAUGGCCGCUGUUAAUUCAUCAGCAGCGGCGGCUGCUGCUGCGGCUGCCUACGAUUCCAAGCAUGAUUAUUACAAUUACUAUAACAGUAUGCAGCAAUACACACCCUCGUUUUAUUCUACCUAUAGUAGUCCUUAUACGACGGCGGCGGCUAGAGCAGCUACGAAAAUUGAGCCUAGCUCGCCAUACCUAACCACGUCAUAUACAAACAGUAAUAACAAUUCCUCGCAAUUAUAUUCAGCCGCUUACGGGUACAACAAUUUCGCUCAAUUCGGUGCAGCCGCAGCUCAACAGGAUUAUAGCGGUUAUUAUAAUGAUCAAUAUGGCAAUUAUUACAAUCCCGCCAAUUAUUCACCGUACGUCAGCUCUCCUAGUUCUAGUACCAGCCAUGGUUUUCAUGUAGCUCCUUCUAAUCUCUCAGAAAGUCCUACCGAUACACAUUCAACUACACCAAUUUUACACAACACCCAUUCACCUCAUUCUCCUCUGCAGAUCUCACCUAAUCAUAAUAAUAUUAGUGCUGCCGGUGCGGCAAUAUCAGCGGUGGCGGGUUCAUCAGCUUCUUUAACGAAGAGCACACCGACUGGGAAAAGCGGUCGAGCUCGAGGUAGAAGACAUCAACAGCCUAGCCCUACGCGCAGCACUGCUUCCGAUACACCAAAUAGUGAGGCGAACAAGCCUCCAGAAAGGGUAUUCAUUUGGGACUUGGAUGAAACGAUAAUCAUCUUUCAUACGUUAUUGUCCGGUUCCUUCGCCAGCCGUUACACCAAAGAUCAUAGUGCUUUAAUGACUAUAGCAUUUCGUAUGGAGGAGAUGGUCUUCACUAUGGCAGAUACACAUUUUUUCUUCAAUGAGAUCGAAGAAUGUGAUCAAGUGCAUAUUGAUGACGUUUCAUCGGACGAUAAUGGUCAAGAUCUCAGCACCUACAAUUUCGCGACAGAUGGCUUUCAUUCGGGUGCACCGCCGGGUGCACCAGCCAACCUAUGUUUGCCUACCGGAGUAAGAGGCGGAGUGGAUUGGAUGCGCAAGUUGGCGUUUCGCUAUCGUAAAAUUAAAGAAAUCUAUAACACAUACAGGGGGAAUGUUGGAGGCCUAUUAGGUCCGGGUAAAAGAGAAGCUUGGCUACAAAUCCGUCAAGAUAUCGAAAUGGCUACCGACAAUUGGGCCUCUUUAGCAACUAAAUGCUUAAAUAUGAUUGCUCAACGUGAAAAUUGUGUUAAUGUAUUGGUCACCUCUACCCAGUUGGCCCCAGCUUUAGCGAAGGUCUUAUUGUUUGGUUUGGGAUCUAUAUUUAAUAUCGAAAAUAUUUAUAGUGCCCAUAAGAUUGGGCAAGAAACUUGCUAUGAACGUAUUGUUACUCGGUUCGGUCGUAAAAGUACUUAUGUGGUGAUAGGUGAUGGCGCUGAAGAGGAGGCUGCUGCUAAGGCCAUGAAUUUCCCCUUCUGGCGCAUUUCUUCACACAGUGAUAUUAGAGCCUUGUAUACCGCUUUGGAUAUGGGUUUCUUAUGAAAAUCUUUAAGGUUUCUAGGGUAACCGUUUUUUUUCCAUAAUAUUAUUUUAAUUUUUUCUUUUGAAAAACAACGCACUAUAGUAUGAAAAGGAAAUUUAC